GCACUGCUAAGCUAGAAACAAUAUUCAUUCAAUUACCCAAUUUCUGGAAUUGAUUUCAAGGCCAGUACACCGUGUGCGGGUCUCUUACUCAACACACCAGCGGGAAACUCUGGGUUGUUCUUUUGGUUCUUCCCAUUCUAAGACCUUAUGAGGGCAUGAUGGAGUCCCCUCCCUGGGUGGUGGACCGAAUAACUAUUUUAACAAGCUUGAGGCGGAGAAAGCUCUGCAUAUUCCACCCACUAACUACGGUGUACUCUGUUUGUGGAGCCUGGAUCUUCAGUGGUGAUAGAAUUCCUCCAAGCGCCUAAGGGCUUUUUCCUCGGGACAUUGGGCAGACCAGCAAUACAAUGAUCAGCCAUGAUUUGCUUAAUUUCAAGCUAUUGGUGAAUGGAAUCCCAGUGAUAAUUCAAAACAUGGCUUGGAAUGGGGCAAAAGGGUUUCAGAGGCCACCCCAAGGCCACUAUUCUACCCUUGUUCUUGCCGCUGACCGAGCGUGUGACAGAUGAUAUCCCGAUACGUACGUUCUAGAAGAGGGUGUUGGAAUUCUGGCACGACUCCUACAGAGCGUGGAUUGACUUGCAACUCAGUUUUCCUGGCUCGUCAUGAUCAAUACCGG